AAAUAAUCAUAAUCCAUAUAAAGAGGUCCAACCGCUGAAAAAAAAGUGUUAUAAAGACCAGCUAACCUGCCUUCAUAACCAGCCUACAGUCCGUGGUGCCGGUGUAACUAAAAAAUGUCAAGUGGAGACUUCCCUUUGAACAGUCUCGAGGAGUUGGAUGACUUCUCGGAUUCUGGCAGUGACUAUGAGGCCACGAUGAAAGCCACAAAGCGGAAAAAACAGGCAGCAACUAGACCUCAGCCACCUAAGAGACCCAGGCGUAAAGCUGCAUUGAGGGGGUCCAGCCCCGGUAGCAGCCCCAUUCCUCCCGGUCCCUCCCCGCAGCAGCAGCAGCACUCCCACGGGACAUCCAGGCAGAUCUCUCUUAGACCUGUGACCAGGGUGAACGAGGUGACACGGGGCAUCAGUGCGGAGGAUAUCUACGAUGCUGUCCGCUCUGGAAAGAGUGCCAUGGUGACAGUGGUGGACGAGUGGCUGGACAGCUACAAGCGAAGCCGGGAGGCGGGGCUGCUGGUGCUCAUCAACUUCAUUGUUCAGUCCUGCGGAUGCAAAGGUGUGGUCAGCAGAGAGAUGUUGGACAGCAUGCAGAAUGCUGACAUCAUUAGCAAACUCACCAAAGAGUUCAAUGAGGAUUCAGCGAUCUACCCUCUGUGCGCUCCAGGCCCCCAGCUGAGGCGUUUCAAAGCCGGCCUGUUCGAGUUUGUGCGGGUUCUGGUGCGCUCCUGUCGGAAUAGCCUCAUUUAUGAUGAGUACCUCUUCCCCUCGCUGCUGGCUCUGCUCACCGGUCUGUCUGACUCUCAGGUCAGAGCCUUCAGACACACCAGCACCCUGCUUGCCAUGAAGUUGAUGACUGAGCUGGUGGAAGUAGCUGUGAUAGUGUCUGUUCAGCUGCAGACCACCCAGCGGCGAUAUGACACGGAGAACAGCAAGAGGGCGCAUGACAGAGCCUCUGACAGACUGGAGGAGCUGCAGGCCACCAUCAGUGAGCUGCAGGAGAACAGGGAGGAGAUAUCCUCCAUGAUGAGCGCCACGUUCCGUGGUGUGUUUGUGCACCGUUAUCGUGACAGGAUAGCUGACAUCCGGGCGGUGUGCAUUGAGGAGAUGGGCAAGUGGCUGAAAAUGGACCCUGAAGACUACCUGAAUGAUGGAUGUCUUAAAUACCUGGGGUGGACCCUGCAUGACAAGAAAAGUCCAGUGCGUCUGCAGUGUGUGUGUGCCCUGCAGGGUCUGUAUGAAGAGAAGGAAUUCAUUGGCCGCCUGGAGCUUUUCACCAGCAGAUUUAAAGAGAGGAUGCUCAACAUGGUGCUGGACAAGAACCCAGAUGUGGCAGUGGCAGUGGUCAAUCUGUUGCUGCUGAUCCAACAGACAGAGGAAGGUCUGAGCGAGGAGGAGUGCGGCCACAUCUAUCCCGUGGUUUACGCUUCAAACAGAAGCCUUGCAUCAGCAGCCGGCGUCUUCCUUUAUCACAAGAUGAAAACUCUGAGUGCCAAAGUCAAACAGAAGAAUGAUAAGAAUGGAAAUGCAGCCUUCUUAGAAAUCCUCAUCUCCUUCUUCAUCCAGAGUGAGUUCCCUGACCAUGGGGCGUACCUGGUGGACAGUCUGUGGGGUGUGGCAGGAUCUGAGCUCAGAGACUGGGAGACCAUGACGGCGCUGCUGCUGCGGCAGGCUGGUGAGGAACAAGGUCUGAUGUAUGAGGAGGAGGGGGUUCUCAUAGAGCUGAUGAUGUGCGCCAUUAGACAGGCAGCGCAGGCGACCCCACCUGUUGGGAGAACUCAAAACAAGAAGAUCCUGACUAUGAAGGAUAAGAAGGUCCAGGAACAAGACAGGAGACGAAUCACCACGCACUUCAUCCCCCUCCUGCCUCAGCUGCUGGCCAAGUACUCAGCAGAUGCAGGGAAGGUGAGCCUCCUUCUCAAAGCUCCCCUCUACUUUGACCUGGAGAUGUAUAACAGCGCUCCGCGACUGGAGAAGGAUCUGGACCUGCUGCUGUCUCAGAUAUGUGGUAUUGUGGAGAAGCACACAGAGGACACUGUGCUGGACGCUUGCACCAACCUGGCCAGCACGCUUUGCUCCGACAGCUACACCUUCUCCUCCCGUGCACACCUGGUAUUCAGCCAGCUGCUGGACGGACUGACCGAGUGCUUCAGCACCUACUUAAGUGACCUGCUGCAGGGUACUGCAGAUGAAGAUGACGUAUACAGUGCAGCCACUGCUUUGAAACGGAUUGCAGCCCUGAGCAGCGCCAAGGAACCGACAGGCUGGAAGCUGUUCGACCCCUGUGUGGAGCUUCUGAAGAGCAGGAUCGAGGCCAGAGAGCUCAACAAGGAGCUCAUGGUGUCGGCUCUGAGGUGUGCUGCGUUGUACCUGAUGUCUGCUAAAGUGAACGCAGUCAGCUUCACACCAGCUGAGGGGCAGUUGAUCCGUCUGAAGAAGGAGAUGCGUUCGUUCUGCAGAGUCUGUCAGUCCUGUCUGUCUGUGAACCAGCCUGAGAUCAGAGAUCAGGCAUUUGUGCUGUUGUGUGACCUGCUGAUCUUGUACAAUAAAAAUUCAGCCCUCUCUGAACCCGCCCUCCAAACACUGGUCCACCUGCCGUCUGAUUCCCUACGAUCUGAGAUGGCUGCUUACGUCCUGGACUACAUCUUCUCUGACACUGAAGAUACUGAGCUUGAUGUUGAGGGUGAGGAGGAGAUGAGGAUGACUCUUCUCCAGAGGAAGCGCAACCAGCUGGCUGGUUACUGUAAGCUGGUCAUCUACGGGGUGCUGGACCUCAUCGCUCUCACCGACGUCUUCAAGCACUACAGCAAGUACUUUAAAUAUUUUGGCGACAUCAUUAAAGAAACAAUAAGCAAAAGCAAGCUCAUCAGUCCCGUGCUGAGCGCCAAGACCGUCUGCCUGAGUCUGCAGCAGCUGUUCUCAGAGAUGCUUAUGGAGGACCACAGCAGGCAGGAUCUGAGGGAGAUCAGAGACUUGGCUAAGAGGCUUGCCAUGAGCUUUGGCAUCGAUCUGCACCGAGUCCGCAAACCUCUUGUGGCCCUGCACAUGGACGGUGUGCGCUUUGCAUUUAAGGACCCACAGGAGGGAGAAGAGCAGCACACAAAUGUGGCCUUCCUGGAGAUCCUCAGCGAGUUCAGUUUCAAGCUGCUGCAACAGGACCGCGCCCAGCUGGCUGCAUUUCUGAAAUCAGAGUGUCCCGGUGCUGCCCUCUCCUGUCCGUCAGUCAGAAUGUAUCAGCGCUCCUUGGUGGUCCGCUCCUCCUCUAAAGCCAGAGCACAGGAGGAGGGAGGUGAAGCUGCGGCCUCAUAUAAUACACCUGCGGCUAAACGCAGGAGGACCACUGCUCAGAGUUCGGUGGCCAGCACGGUCAGAGGGUCGUGGCUGGACAGCAGCAGCAUCCACAGCAACACGCCAGUCCUCACCUCCACUGUCCAGAGGCAGCCCGCCAAGCAGCUCGCCCCCAGGAAACCCACAGCCGCAGAGGCUGAUAUCGGCAGCGGCUUAACUGAGCUGGAGUCAGAAGAUGAGUUUUCCUCAGGCUCUCCGGUGAGAAAAGUGAAGCCCACCGCUCGAAAUCAGCUCCCCUCCAGUGAGUCCAGCCCCACUGUGGAUCAGCAGGACCUGGACUCCCACCUCACCUUACUUUCUCUGAUCGAAGACGGAGACGCAGGAAGAGAGGAGCCUGAGAUUGAGGAUUAUGAAAGCGACUCUGAACAUGAAUCUGCAUAUACACUGCCCUCCACACGUCACACCUCCGCCAGCAUCCUUGAUGAGCUCUUUGACUGAGGGCACAGUGACCUGCAUCGCCUGCAGAACAACAUUUACGUUUCAAAAAUGUCUUCAACACUGCUGCGUUUCCAGUGGUUUCAGUACAUCUGAGUGUAUUAAUGUUCCUCUAAAUGAUCCCUCGCUGAGUUCACCGAUCAGAUCUAUAUUAAUUUUGUUGGAGGGGAAGACAAAGGCAAAAAUUAUUAUUAUGAAUACAAGCAUGGGGACAAUAGUUUUUGCAAUUCACUUUUACGACUGUUUAUGUUUCAAACACAAAAUGUUGAAUAGAAAAGAAGUUCAGUUAGAUCCCUGAAGGC